GGGAGGCACUUUGUUACAUUUCGGGGGUAAAAAAAAAAAAAGAAUACAGGAAGGCAGUGCGGUAUUUCAGAAGCCUGUGGGAUGUCAUAGUGAAACAAAACCAAGAUAGGGCACAGCAUUGGGUGACAAAACAAACAAGAAGUUAAUCUGUUUCAGUGGCUCCAUUGUAAAGCCUGUAACCUUGCUGCAUCGGAUUCACUUCACCCAGAACAAAGCUCUGACACCCCGACGCUUUGUGCUCCUGUCUGCAGAAGAAACCGAACAUUUGCGCUGUCUACAUUAUUAUGCAGAGAAAGAGGCCACACGCUGACAUAGUCAGAUUUGGAAAGAAGUAACAUGGAUGUUUCUCUAAUGUGCUGUUGAAAACAUCCUCUGUGAAAGGAAGCUUCAUCUGAAAAGCUGAUAUUCAUGAGAAGGCAGUACCAUACCUGCUGACAGCACUGUUGAAUUUUGUACGGGUUGAUUUGUCCUUUUUUAAUACAAAAUGGAGACCCUUUCCCAAGACUCUAUUUUGGAAUGUCAGAUUUGCUUCAACUAUUUCAGUCCUCGGCGCAGACCAAAACUCCUAGACUGCCGGCACACAUGCUGCUCUGUGUGUCUCACUCAGAUGAGGACCAGUCAGAAGCAGAUUAGAUGCCCAUGGUGCCGAGGGGUCACCAAGCUGCCAGCAGGAUUCUCUAUCUCUCAGCUCCCAGAUGACCCAGAUAUUAUCGCUGUCAUUGCCAUCCCACAUGCCUCGGAACACACCCCGGUCUUCAUCAGGCUGCCUAGCAACGGUUGCUACGUGCUGCCCCUCCCUAUAGCCACGGAAAGAGCUCCAUUGCCUGGAGACUUGGGUUGCCACUUGUUGCCAGGCAGCCAGCAAAAGGGAGUCACCGUGGUGACAGUUCCUCAGCAGCAGCCCUUGCAGGACGGGCCAGGCCCUGACAGUGAAGAAGAGGAGGCAGAGAGACAGAGAGGUGUGAAAAGUUCCACCUGGUCCGGGGUCUGCACUGUGAUACUGGUAGCCUGUGUUCUUCUGUUUCUGCUUGGCAUCGUCUUGCAUAACAUGUCCUGCAUCUCAAAGCGGUUUACUGUUAUCUCCUGUGGCUGAGGUUCAGCUUGAAAGAAAGGCUCGAUAUGUGCACACGAUAACCUGGGUGGGGGCUGAAGUGACUAUUGGGACUUCACUGUAAACAGUAGUUUACGCAGCCCAAUGCUAAGCAUUCACAAGCACUGGGCUGCAGAUAUUAGCACAGGAACCCACCCUAAGAAAGUAAAACAGAAUGUGCUUAAGAAGGCAUCAGGAUUUAACUUUCAUUCCAUUCAGGUCUUGCAGUGGUGGAGAACAUUGCAUGCAUCAUUGCAAAACUGCAAUGCCUACAAUGAACAGUAGUGCAAAACAUCAUCACACUCUAAAUGUAGGAAAUAAAAAAAUAAAAGAUGUCCUGUUCUUAGUUGGAGAUGCAGUAUAAAAUAUCUAAAUGCAGUUUCCCUUGUAAUUGGUGCUGCAGUAUCUAAAUAUUUAGAAUCAGUUUCAAUUAAGGUAUUGUGCUUUAGGGAUAACUAAAUGCUGAUUAAUGUGAAUUUUCUUCCCAUUCCUUGACAAAAAAAAAGUUACUAUUGGUGUUGCUAAAGCUUACAUUGUUACAUGUACUGCAUUACAGUAUACAUUGGUAGGAUGUCAUUUAUAAACAAGGGAACACAAUAGUAUAUCAAUACCAGCAUUUUAGGUGCAAGCACAGAUCUUUACUUAAAAACAAUGCAACCUUAUAACCAAUGUUCAGUUUUUGGUGCAAUAACAUUGUUUUCUCUCUAUGUCUGUCAGAUUGGAUUCUAGAGAAACGUGUGUUCAUAGAAUAAAUAGCGAGUGCUUUGCUUUGAUGCUGUUAUCCUGCCUGACUGCAUGCAGAUCAUCUGUGCAUUAAUGCAUUGUCGUUAUUGGCAUCUUCAGGAAGUCAAAGCACGACCGCUUUUGAUUCAGGAAACAACAUUGCUGAACCCAUUUCCUCUUUAUGUUGAGCAGUUUCAGAUUUGGGUGGCUUUAUUUAGGACAAGGAACUGUCUUUUAUUGUUGACUUGACUUUAGCUGGGUUUUAUGUAAGCGAACAUGGGCAAUUUAGCUGUGGGAAAGAUAAAGAACAUACAAGUCACAGUAAGAUUGGUGUAGAACAGUUUCAACCCCAACUGCCAGUUUAUGUGUUUUGUCAUUUGUAUUGUGCCAAGUUUCACAAGCAGUUGUACAAUAUAGUUCCUGCAUAUCUUCAAAAUUCUCAAUCAAAUUAUAAGGUAAAUCUUAAAAAAAAUAUUGAAUCAAUAUACUGAUUUUCUUAUAUGUGGUCUUUUCAUUAUAUCAGUUAGGAAGGUGUGGCCAACCCCUUCCUAAUUAAUAUAUAAAAAUAACGCAUGCAGUUUUAAUCACUUGAAGGCACUUGCCGAAACAUUUGUCUGCUUGAAUUAGUUUGACCUUAUAUGGUAUAAAAGCAAUGAAAUGUGUGAAAAAACAACAAACAGGGUUUGUAUAACUUGUAUAUCAAAACAGAAGAUUGUAUGUAUUAUUAAUUUAAAUCUCCUGACGUAUUUAUCAAAAAACGUCCUCGGACAAAGCUCCCUGGGGUACAGUGCAUGAUAGAAGUAAUUUGUGUUUUGAAAACGGUAAGGGUGGGGUCUUAACAAGUUAUAUUCAUCUAUAACUAUGUAUCUCAGUGGCUAGAGAGUAGUAGUAUUGUCAUUUUACAAGAAAUGCUGUUGUAUGAUAUGAGUGGGGUUUUUUUUCCCCAUGUGUGUGGGUUUAUAGAAAUUAAGUAGCAUCCUGACGUUGUUUAUAGAAAUUAAGUAGCAUCCUGACGUUAUUUAUAAAAUGCUAGGAAGUGUUUAAAUGAAUCACCUGAUCCACUGGUAGCAAAGCCAUUUGCACAGAUUUGAUUCUUUGUUUAUAGUGAUUCGAAGUGAUACCAGUACUUAGCUGCCUGGUUUGAAAAUGAUUCAUGAUUAUUGGUGAUCUGAAUGAUGAUUAUGCCAAGGCUGGUUGGUAUUGGAACUAUGUAGCUCUGGAAUACAGUCACCGUUGAUGGCAGCCCAGUUAAAUGUGUUGCUUUAAGUGGAAUAUGAAUUCGAAAGUGACCAGCUACAAACAGUUCAAUGCAUGUAAUUAUUUUAUUUCAAGUGAAACUCAUACUGUAUGUGUAGUCUUUUGUUUCAGAAAAUAAUGCAAUUGUUUGUUUGGUUGGUACUGUAAAAUGCAUUAUCAAACUGCCCACCAGAUUCACCAUUUCCCCUUUCAGUGCCAUGCUGGUUAACAUCUUGUUCCAGUAGUCAAGAUGCAUGUUUUUUUUUUGUUUUUUUUUCCAGAUUCAGGUCAGUAUUAAUCCAACAAUGUGGUCUACUUUAAUGGUCUUCGAAAAGGAUCUUAAUACUGUACGUACAGAAGUGUGCUUUUCUCCUUUUAUUUAACAGACAAUUUGAUGCGGCUCUGGGUUUUGAGUUAUUUUACUCCUGAGAUUUUUUUUUCUUUCAAUGUAAAAUGGUACUAAUUAUACCAAUUAUACUGUUUUCCUGCCAAAUCAAAACAUUACUCAAAUAUGUGUUAAUAUUUUUAAAGCAGAGUCAAAUAUUUGUCACUGCACUAAUACCUGAUUCUUAGAAGUCAAAUUGGUAUGCAGUAAUGUACGUGCUGACUAAAAUAUAAACUUCUGGAAGCUCAUAUUAUACUCAAAUGAAUCCAGGCUCUGCCAGCCUUAUAGACAUUUGACUUAACUGGUCUUAUGUGAACUGGCAGUAAAUCAUGAACUGCUCAAUGCCUUAAAGUGAUAUGAGCAUUUCAGUCACUAUACAGUAGAUGCUUGGAUGGAAAGAUGGUUCUCUUUGGUUUAGUCAUCCAUAUAGCAAUGGCAUUGUUCCUGAGAGUUUCUACUGAAGCUUGAGAAGUAGCCAAUUUGCUUUCAAGAACCUAGUUCUGUAUUCUACAAUGCCAGUAAAUCCUAAGGCAUGGAAAUUAAAGACAGAUGUCUGGAUUCUCCCAUUAUGGCCCAAAGUCCUGAAGCAAAUCCAGUAAAGCAUGUCAUCCCCUGGGGGAGGGGCAGUGUGCCAGGGAGUGUGUGCCAGCAGGCACAUAGGGGCACUCUACAACACAAACCUGCAAUGUGUUGAUACCUCCCUGGCUCAACCAUCAAUAUCUAAAUAAAAAGAUUAACAUUUUGUAAAGUGUUUGAGUCGCCUGUCGUUGGCAUACAUAAUAUCACUGAAUCAAAAAUGGCACAGAAUGUGGUUGUAUGCUGGGUUAAAUCUGAGGACAAAUAGAUAGAUGCAGACUUUGUUAUGAUGUUUUUUUUUGUUUUGUUUUUUGUAAAAAUCUGACACCUGAAGUUGAUUUUUAAAGUACUGCUUUUACAAUGAGCUUUCUCAGUGCCCUGGGCACUUAUUUGCCUGUACCUGAUUCUUGAUGGUUGUUUUUGUAACAAAGAUCAGUGAUUCUUACAACCCAUUGAAAUUUAAUAUUUGUAAACAAGCUUUAAUGCAUUGAUUUCCUCUUAAAUUGCUCUCUGGCUGUUUCUAUUUUCACUGACGAAAACAUAACACAAGUAAAAAGUUAAGGGCAUGAUAAAAAUGUCUGAAUACUUUGUCUGAUCUUUGAAGAUACUGUAGGAACCAGAAUUUAGAUGAGAAUUGACCCUUGAUAUUUGACUUGAAAUGACUAUUGACCCUUGAUAUUCUUGAGCACUGCAAUAUCCUAGUUAUACAGUAUACAUGAUGGCUUUUAAUACUUUCACUGUGUACAUCAAGUGCCCCCUAAACCUGAGGACAUGUGGUGUUGUGUCAACCAUUUAACAUUUACUGCAUUUAAAAUCUUUACCUUUUUUUAGAGGGAAGGUUUAGUGUAGUAGUGUGCCAAACAAUGAUUUAUGUGAGGUAGUUGAUCAUUUAUUUCUGUUAUGAUUGAGGGCUCUGAUCUGUAGCGGUACUUUGUCAGGUGCUGUCAAAUCCCACUCUGUUUCAGCAGCUACUGCGUACAAUGUCUGUGUACAAUGUAUCAAUACUUGCAGUAGAUAAGAAAGUGAAAAGAAUGUUUUUGGGGUGACAGGGUUUCUUUCUCAAAGAUUGUGCACUGCAUUGGGAUUGGGAUGCUUAAGAAUGUGAAAAGGUUACUCACAUAUUUGUGUUAGUUUCUAUGUAUAACCCAAGGUGAUUUUUUUUAUGGAAUCCAAGUUUAUUUCAUUGCAUAAAUAUUUUUUAUAGCUGCUUUGUAAGGGCUGUUUGAAAUAUCAGUGUACACUGAUGUUUCUAAAAGUGGUUUGUUUUACUGAUGCUGUGGCCAGCAUUAUUUAAUUACACCGUACAGUGAAGGAUAUUGCAACAAUAUUCAUAUCUAAAGGUGCAGUGCCCCUCAAAAUGGUGUUUAACUCUUUCUCUUAACUCCCCCAAAGAUGGUGGGAAUAUAACUCAAGAGGACAGACUGCUACUGAGUACAGCAGACCCACCCUAGAUUUUUGUAUGCACUUAUAUCAUUUUUGUAUGACUUAAUUCCAUAAAAGUAUUUUUGCAAGGUUGCCUAGUGCUUAGUAAUACUUGAAAAAACUCUGCUUUUAAAAUAAGCAGGUUCCAGAGAGGCCACAUUUAUGCAACAAUGUACACUUGUAAACAAUCACCAAGGAACUGUAAUUCAUGAUUUUGGGACACUGCAGCUUGAAACCACAUUUAAAACGUGUGUACCUUACAUGAAAAACCAAAUGCAAGUCUGAAAAGUCAUGCAGUAAACCAACCUAGUUGUUAUUAAGGGUUGUUGGCUCUCAACUGUUAAGGUAAAUGUUUACCAUAAGGCAAUAAGAUGUAUUUUGUUUUUAAUAAAUCAGGGCUUGUGUUUUUAAAACUCGUUCACCCCGACAUCAAAUAUUGUGAUACCAUAUAUAUUGAAAAUAAACAGACUUGUCCAUAUAAAGUGCAAAGACAAAGUAUGUUAUGUGGUAUAAAAACAUAAUUUAACAAUGUGAUAUCAAAAUGAGUUUACUGUGAAAAAAAGCCUUUUCUUUUGCACGUGUCCUGGAAGUGAUUCGCUCCCAAACAAUCCGCUUACUCAUAUUUACUACCGUAAACUUUUAACAAAUGAAUGUUAUUGUCCAUUAAAACCUGCUACUCAAUACUUUGGACUGACGAAAGCAACUGCCGAAUCAGCCAAUCACAGCCUGUCAGCGCAACUGGAGCUCUGCCUCUUUCAACAACAACAAACAGUCCAGAUAGACGAUAAGCCUUUGGCUCGGGACGCAUAACUCCAAUCAGGGUUAACUACCACAUGGUAGAGACUUCAUUGACAAGCACUAUCGCAAAAAUAAUUUCCUGAGUAUCAGGCAUUACAUUGGUUGUUGACCUUGUCUAUACGGUAGCGUCUCUUACCUUUGCGAAGCAGGCAACUACUGUACCAACUACCCUUUUAUGUAAUCACAGGACAUUGUCAGUUUUACGUAAACCAUGCUUUUAGUUGCAGUGCAGCUUGUAUUUUGUUUUGUAAUCGAGUGAUCGUAGAUGUAAUAAUAUAAAGUCAGAAAUAAUAGAAAUAUAUAGGCUUUCACCAUGGGGUGCAGGUAAUAUUACAUUUUUCAUAAAAUAAGUGACCAAUUUAAGGAAAAUUAGCUUCUGGUAACGGAUUUUGAUGUUAUACUGGGUACAUCUGCCUUGCACACGCUUUGAAAAAAGUGCCAGGUGUGCUAUCAAAUGAGGUCUCCCUUGACAGUGCAGCAUGCCCUUUCUGUUGAAGGUACUUUUUGAAGCGAGACGAACCUGAAAAUGCUUUUUAUUUUGGAGUUUGUACGCUACUGCUGUUCCGCUUUGCUUCAUAUGUUGUUCACUGGCUAAGAAAUACAGUAUAUGUAUGUAUAUAAUAUAUAUAGGCUGCCUCUCGCAGGACCAGAAUCUAAAAACAUGAAAACAACAAAAGAAGGCAACUCCAGUCUAAUUUUCUUUAGAAAAUGACCACCUCUCGUCUUUUCAUAGUACUGCAGCAGCAGCUAGAGGACUGGAAUAAGGUGUACAAUGUAAUUUUAUAUUGCAGAACAAAAUGGUUGGGGACUGGAAGAAAAAUAAAUAAUUAGUUUCAUUUAAGGGCCAAAAUCAGGUUGGUACUGAUGUUCCUGUGCUGUAGUUCUAUUCUUUCAGAGCAAGCCGUAGGUUAUAAUCAUGUGGUUAAAAUCCAUUUACAGUUAAGUGGUAUUUUUUCUUAAUUCUUAAAAGUAGAGAUGUGCAGAAAAUACAGAUUUUCCCUUUACCCUUUUACGCAGAGCACUUGCACUUCCUGGGUCAUUUCACCUCAGAAGUGUCUUCUGGGUCAAGUCAUGUUACUGGUUGAAAGCAGGUCAGUCAAUAGAGGUAGCAGCUGCUGAUUGGUUAUUGGCAGAAAAGAAGCCAGUGAAGCUGUGGGGACAGUUUUACUCUCCAGGUGAAAUGACAGAGGAAGUGCAAGCAUAGGUUGUAAACAGAUUUAUUUCAAAACUGCACAAUUGAGACCUAUAUAAUGAAUGGAUGUGCAUGGCAGAGACAUUUUAUGGACCUAUUUUGUUAGCUGCAAUUACUUUAAGGGUAAAGUGAUUUUAGCCACAGUACUAUAUUUCUUUUUUCCCCAUUCAUCACCAAUUUUUCAUUCACAUUGGAUGCCGGGUUUAUCUUAAGGGUACUGACGGGACAUGCAUGGAUUUGGUCUCCAUCUUGGAGUGUUGGUUGUUUUAUCCCAGGAAGUCUAGGGUGGUCUAACAGUAUUCUUGUGUUGAUUACAUAAGUGUAUCCCCUCUUACUCCCCCUAGUUCAUGAUAUUCAAGUCAGAUGGCUUUGCUAAUAUUCAAUGCUGCCUAUGAACUGCAGUCCUUGAGUCAUUCCAUUUGUAAUAAUAAGUGAAAUUUAUUUUAUAGGCCAUUCCUUUUGAAGUUUAAUGGCCCUUUAGACACAUGAGCCACCAGGCUGUGUUUUAAGUAGUCGCAAUGUUGCCAAAUAUUGAAUUUGUAAAGGAUAAAAAUCCGCUGUUUCUAGAAAUGUGUCUUUAAAAAAAUGUUUUGCUUAUUCUUUCUUCACUUCUGUGAAUUUUAUUUUUCAUUGACCUGAUUUUAAUAAAUAUAGAUCUUGUGUUUUUUAUGAGAAAUCACUGUCCAUGAUCUGUAUAUGUGGUAAUGCUGAUUUUAUGACUACUGUUAAGCACAUUUAUUAUAAUAAAACUCCAAAUAUG